GCGUCUGGGUGUGGGCUGGAUCGAUGCGCGUGACUCAACUCUCGGAGAGGAAAGACUUCCCAGCUUGUUUACGGGACGACCAUCUGCACCCCGCGCGCGACGCGCAGCGCUCAUUCGUGGACCGCACAUGCUGCCGACGAGAUGCGGACGCUGAGAACUUGCGCGAUCCUGCUGCUGGUGGGGGUGCUGGCGGCGCUUCUGGCGGCGGAGGCGGAGGGCAGGCGCGGGGGCGGCGGAGGCAGUCGCAUCAGCUGGGGCAGCCGCAGCAUCAGCACCAGCCGCAGCAGCAUCCGCAGGCGGGAGCACAACUACGAGGGGUCGUCCCGGCGGCGGGGCGGGUCCCCGCAAGAUUACGACACCAACCCGCUCCCAUCGAAGGACAGCAAGACCGGCGGGGCGUCGGGGCAGAAGUCGUCCUCCGAGGUGCACGUGCCCAUGGAGACGGACCGGGUGACGCGCAAGGGCGGCCAGUCGUCCAUCGAGAGUGGGCCCGCCAAGGAGACCACGGUGAAGAACAGCCGCAAGUCCAAGGGCUCCAGCUCGGGGACGGUCUAGAAGAAUGAUGACCGUUUCAGAAGAUGAAGAUUCCAAAGAAAGAAUUGGUAGACAGUCUGAUCGACCACAAAAUCACGAAGAAACUGAUAAUUUCAAUCUUAAUAUUUUUCUUUCAUGGGUACAUUAGCUUUGAUACAUCAAAAUAACCAUAAAUGACUUUUUCUGAAAACAAAAUGUUUUUGUUGAUCAGUUAUUAUUAAUAUUUUAUUUAUUGUAAUUAAAUGUUUAAAAUGUGUUUUAUCACAUAAAAUAAUAUCUUAAGUGCUUUAUUUUUGACAUUAAUAUAUUUGUUUCCAGUGGCUAUACUACACAAAUAUACGGUUUAAUUUACGUUAUUGAACUUAUAUGUUUUAAAUAUUUCCAAAUAUGAAAAUUAUGUUUAGAAUAUACUCAUGGCAUUAGUUAUAGCGCUCGAGUUUAUUUAUAGCUUAAGAAUAUUCCAACAUUAUUUUUUGAGAAAAAAAUGUUUAUUUCUUAGAGACAAAGCUAGCCACUAAAGACAAAAAAAUAAAGUAGUCUUAGUGGGUACUGACAAAAAAAAGUUAUCUUCUGGUGAAUUUACAUUCUGUGUUUGAAACAUGAGGACACUAAACGACGCAUAUAUCAUGCAGCAAAAAUACUUGUAAGAAUCUGUUUCACACGCCAUUCUAAAGUUCAGUAAUUCAAUCAAUUCAAUCCAUCUGUGUUACUCAAGAUGCACUAAAAAAACAUAGAAUAAAAAACGCUUAUAUGCAUUACAGUGUGAUAAAUGAAUGAAUACACAGUAUUUAGUGUGAUAUGUUGGUAUGUGAAAUAGUAAUGGGCAUUUUUCUCUCUCCCUACCGCCCUUAAUGGUUAAUCGUGUAACAUAUAACUUAUUGUAUGUAUAAUUUUUAUAAUUUAAUUUCACUAAUAGAUGAUGUUUAGUGCCUAGCUAUAGAUAAUACGCUCUAUUCAGAAGACUGAUUACCAGGAUAUGCCUACUUGAAAAUAAAAAUAAAAAGUAAGCGCUGGUUUCAUGUCUCCCAAAACUUUAUACGCAUAGUGUUCAUUUUUUUUUAAUUUGACAUAUGGUUUGUAUAUGAAAAGUAUGUAUGUAUAUUGUUGUACGUUUGAAUAAAGUGAUAUAACAUA